AUGAAGCUUUUAGCCCUUACUCCCGCCCUGAUGGGCCUUGUCGCUUUCGCGCAAGCAUCAACCAUUACCUAUACAACUGUUACUGGCUUUUUCUUGCAGGAUGAGACUGCCACUGAUGCCUCAACAUUUGAUUACACUGCCGUGAACUUUGGUCUCCUCAACCGCACUUAUCCUGCCGAUCAAAAACUUAAACACGCCAAGGAGCUCACCCAGUGGGAGCGCUUCUAUAACCAGGUUGAGCAGCUGAAUGAUGAGUCCCACAGUGACAUUGAGUACAAGGUGCUCUUCCUGGGUCGUCACGGCGAGGGUUGGCACAACGCCGCCCAGACUUACUACGGCGAUGCCGCCUGGAACUGCUACUGGGCCGAAGAGAACGGCAACUCUACCGCAACCUGGAUGGACGCCGAGCUCACCGACAACGGUGUCGAUCAAGCCCUAGUUGCCCACAACUUCUGGCAAAAGGAGAUUGACGAGCAGCGCAUCCACACACCAGAUAACUACUUCGUCAGCCCAUUGACUCGCACCCUCCAAACAGCCAACUACACCUUCACAGACCUGAAGUUCCCCAAGGGCGCCGCCAAAUUCAGCCCCCUCAUCAAAGAGCUCUUCCGCGAGGGAAUCAGCAUCCACACCUGCGACCAUCGCCAUCCCCGCAGCUACAUCCACGACCUCUUCCCCGAGUGGCCCAUUGAGAAGGGCUUCAGCGAAGAGGACGAGCUCUGGAACGGCGUUACAGCCGAGACUAGCGCUGCACAGGACGUUCGUAGUGCCACCGUGCUCGAUGAGGUCUUCUUCACUUCUGCUUCUAGCAAGAAGGAUUCGUUCGUUUCCGUUACUUCGCACUCGGGUGAGAUCUCUUCCAUCCUGCGCGUUGUUGGCCACCGUACUUUCAGCUUGAACACUGGUGCUGUUAUCCCUGUGCUUGUCAAGGCUGAGCGGGACGCUAAGGCUAAGGCUACUACUACGUCUGUUGCUUGGACUACUAGCGCUCACUGCACUGUGCCGCCUCUUACGUCUGUGACGGCUUGUGUUUGCCCUUCUAGUGCCGUGCCGGUCACUACCCCCUUGGUCACUGAUGUUUAA